ACUUAUGAGAUGUUUCGAUAAAAAUAUUUCUAUGGCAGGGAAAAACAUUCAUGGGGAAAGAUAAGAGAAGUGUUUCAAAGCCUAACCUAAUCACUAUGCUAAAAACUAAUUACAAACAAUUUGAUAUCCGUUACAAGAAUUGGCUUGUCAAACUGCCAUUGCCCGUUGAGGUUGCUAUUGUAACGGUCACUACCGGGGCCACUAGUGGCAUCGUCAGUCUCAUUUGGGGAACUCUUCCCUUUUAUCUCCGCUCCAAGUUUUCUAUCUUCCCUUUGCGACUCACCCCUCUUAAUUUAGAUACUAUUUCCAAGUGUGUCCUCUCUACUUUUGCCCCUCCACUAACAAUCACCCCUGUUAACCUUUCUCUCCAAAAAGCAAAGCCAUUUUCUAUCCCAGUAAGGCGCUUGACAGAGGCUCGUAAUUUGGCUGUUUUAGCGGGUGUGCGUGCAGGAGUAGCUUGUGCAAUGAAAAGAUUCAAAGGAAAGGAGGAUGCAGAGACAAAUAUGGUGGCCGGGUUUGCUGCUGGGGUCAUGUUGUCAUUGGUUUGUGGCAAUCAGCCUGUGAGAGUAAUCUCUUAUGGUGUUUUAGGUGCUCUCACAAAUUGGGGAAUUUUUAAGGCUGCGGAGAAUGUAUCACAGGCACUAGCUGAUAAAGUUUUGCAGUCACAAGCUGAAGAUUUGUCGUACAAGAAUGUUAGAGGCAUGCUUUCUAGUCUUGGCCUUGAUCAUUACGAAAAGAACUUCAAACAUGGCCUGUUCACAGACAAAACUCUCCCAUUGCUUACUGAUAGCCAUUUGCAAGAGGUUAAAAUCCCACCCGGGCCAAGAGUGCUUAUACUUGAUUACAUCAAGAGAAGGUGUAGCAAGAUGUUUCGAGGUGGCCAUAUAGCUGAUUGAGAUCUUAUUCAGCUUCUCUUCGGGCCAGUUCGUUUUUGGGGGUAUAAAGUAGAAUGGUAUAGAUUGCAGAUACAACAUAUGCCAAAGUGAAUUACAUCUUUUUGAGUAUCGUAUCACUUAGCAUGUAACCAAUUUCAUAUGAGAUUUGAGAAGUAGGAACCUGUUUACUUUUGUUUGACAACAAAAGAAGCUUUUGAGAAGUAUGACGUACUCCUUACCAGUUCAUCCAAGUAA